AUGAACAAAAAGUUUCUGCUAACUUUAUUCUAUUACUACUGUUCUCCUAUUGCUGCUGCUGAACCUAGUAGAAACAUAUAUUAUAAUCCUGAUGAUGUUUCUUUCGAGAAUAUUGUCACUUCCACCAUUGCGGAAAGCACACUGAGAAGCGCCAGUACUGCGUCUAUUUUGAAAAACAGUGUGUCAUAUGGUCCUCAAGACACGUUUAACAAUGAUGCUAUCUUAUCUGCAACCUAUCCAUCGUUAGUGGUGGAAAACAGUUCUAGUGCUAACCUUUCGUCGCACGCCUCAACUUCUGCAGUAGAGCCAAUUUCGAACAAUAAUUUUUCUGUCACCGCAACAUAUUCAAUAAAUAAUAAUGCCUCGAAAAUGAGUCUUCAAAACGAGGCUGGUACUGCUUCUUCAUAUUUGUCAUCUUCAACCAGUCAGGGACUGGAUCAUGGCUUACCUAAAUUGAAUACAACACUGGUAGUAAGCACUGGAAAAUUACGAGGAUCUUCACUUCUUCCUCACAAUCAUCUGACUAGCAGUAAGUUUACAUCGAGCGUUUCCUUUUCAUAUGUAAUGCCUACAAAAAGUAGCUUAGCGAAAUCCUCUUCAAGCUCAACGUCGUCUUUGCUUUCUAGUUCUACGCUACUUUCCUAUGUCAGCUAUACAGUAUCGAUGGCAAACGAGAAAGAUUACUUGAUAUAUACGCAGGUGUAUAUCUUCACGGACGAAACAACGUCGUUCACUUCUGGACUACCCACAACGAUAACCUUACCAAAAUCAUCUGUUGAAAGUGGUGAAGUGCCUACAACACAUAUAGCUGCAACCAUUAUUACAACCCCCGUAUCUGUUUACAAAGCAUGGGAGGCCAAAAAUAAUGAACAACAAACAAAAGCCACAAGAAGACACAACCUUGUUAUUGGAUGUUGUGUUGGUUGCAUAUGCGGUUCUUUGUUGAUCAUUGGGGUGUUUUGCUUAGCAUUUUAUAUGAAAAGAAGCAAGAAAAAUGAAAUAAUGGAUCAGGAAGAGUCCAUUAUUGAUCCAUUUCAAGGUGAAUUCGACUACGACGAGGGGAAUAAAGAAUCUUCGCCCAGCGAGCGUAAGGAACAUGCGCUCAGUGAUGAAAACAAUACCAUAGACAAUUGGUCAUCCGGUGAUGGCUUCAACAGUGUAACAUCGUCAACUAGGAGUUCACUGUCUUCCUACAGGGACACUGAUCAUGACAAAAUUAACUUUGAUAGUUUAUUAAGAGAAGUUAUAUAA